AUGUCUUUUUUCCCCCACCCUAACUCCUCAGCCUUAUCACCAUGGCACUUUCUUGACAGGGCUCUUCUUUCCAGCAUUGUAACCACAACCACCACACCACUCGCCACCACCACCACCACACCACUCGCCACCACCACCACCACAACACCACUCGCCACCACCACCACCACAACACUCUCCACCACCACACCACUCGCCACCACAACACUCUCCACCACCACCACCACACAACUCGCCACCACCACACAACUCGCCACCACCACACAACUCGCCACCACCACACCACUCGCCACCACCACAGCACACACCACCACACCACUCGCCACUACCACACCACUCACCACCACCACAACACUCACCACCACCACACUACUCGCCACCACCACACCACUCGCCACCACCACAGCACACACCACCACACCACUCGCCACUACCACACCACUCACCACCACCACAACACUCACCACCACCACACUGCUCGCCACCACCACACCACUCGCCACCACCACAACACUCACCACCACCACACUACUUGCCACCACCAUAACACUCACCACCAACACAACACUCACCACCACCACAACAUUUGCCGCCAACCCCACAUAUUUCCAUUUCAUUCUUCUUCCCGCGAAAUCUUCGAGUCCUCGAUUUACUUUUUUAUUGUUUCCUUUGGCGUUCCUUUCACUUUAUGUUUUUUUUGUCUUUAUCCGUUGCAUGUUUCGUUACAAAAGAAAGAAAGAAUCCAGAAAACGAACCCGACUUCGUGACAUCCAAAACUGA